AUGACGGUCAUUGCUGUGGCUGGUGGAACUGGUGGAGUGGGCAAAACUAUUGUUGAAAAAUUGAUCGACUCCAAGUUUGACAUUGUCGUUUUAUCUCGCAGUGUGAAACAGGACUUCGCUUCGCAGAAUAUUCAAAUUGUGCAGAUCAACUACGAUGAUAUUCCCUCGAUGGCACGUGUGCUUGAGCAACACAAUAUCCACACCAUCAUAUCCGCCAUUGGUCUUGUUUCGGAUGAGACAAGUCAGUCUCAGUUGAACUUGAUCGAAGCUGCAGAGGCGUCAGCAUCGACGAAGAGGUUCAUCCCCAGUGAAUACUCAUUCGUCCAAACCCCCGAGUUACUCCCGAUUGACCCUAGCAUUCAAUACUGGCUUGAUGCAGCGGAUCGUCUCAAGGCUAGUGGCUUAAAAUAUACCAGGGUAAUCCCUGGUUUUUUUAUGGACUAUUGGGGAAUGCCACAUGUCCAAACCCACCUGCAGCCCUUCACAUUUGGCAUUGAUAUAUCCAGCGGCACGGCUGCGAUCCCAGGAGAUGGGAACAACGUGAUCUGUAUGACAUAUACGUACGACAUGGCUAUUUACCUGGUCAAAGUGCUUAGCCUUGAUGAAUGGCCUGAAUUCAGUGUAAUCGUUGGGGAUGAAGUUACCUACAACCAGGUUCUCGGCAUGGCGGAAGAAUUCACCGGCAAGAAGUUCAAGGUAACAUACGAUAGCCUGGAGCAAAUCAAGACUGGUGAUGUCACCGUCCCUCCUCAGCCAGAGGGAAUAGAAUACUCAUCGGAUGAACUCAAAGAGGUAACUGCGCCCAGGACGUUGGACUCCAACACAGACCUGUCGGCCCGGAAUCAGGUUCGAGCACCACGGGUUGAUAUCGUUGUUCCAGCACAGAAGCUGGCUCAUGGUGAACUUAUUUUGGUUCCGCGCGAUGAUGUCCCAGCAGGUGUCUCCAUUACUGACAGUAUAGAACUCGGUGCCUGA